AUGAAGUUAUUUGUAAUACUAUUAUUAUUGUCAAUUAGUUUGACAUUCAUCCAAUGCUCUACAGAGCAAUCACCAGCUGCUUCAGCUACAUCUGAUAUCUUUUUAUCAUCAAAUCGCCAACACCAUAGUGUCGAUCCAAUCAUUUACUACAAAAACACUACCAACUACAAUGAUCACUUCCAGUCAUACAACACUCGUCUACAUCACGAGCCAUACUGCUAUUACCUACCAACCACUCCUAAAGAGGUAUCCAAAGCUGUCAAGUUUGCCCUUCGUUCCAAGUUGCCAGUAACCAUCAAGUCUGCCGGACACUCCUGUGACGCUCUAUCCUCUGCCAAUGAUGCCGUCGUUAUUGACAUGUCUCUGAUGAAGAAGAUCAAGGUUGACACCCGUCGCAAUCAGGCCACCGUCGAAUCUGGUGUCACCUGGCUCGAGGUCUACAACGCCACCACUCCAUUUGGUCUUGCUACUCCAGGUGGAAGCUGUCCAACCGUUGCUGUUGGUGGACUGGUUCUUGGUGGUGGUGCUAACUACUUGUCGCCAGCGUUUGGCUACAGCUGCGACAAUGUCAUUGAGAUGUCCAUUGUCAAUGCUCGCGGACACUUGGUCACUGCCUCAAAGUACGAAAACUCUGAUCUCUUCUGGGCUAUGCGCGGUGGUGGUCAUGGAGGAUUCGGUAUCCUUGUCUCGGUAACAUACAAACUGCACGCCAUCCCAGACUUGUUGUACAGCAACAAGAUUCGUGUGCCAUUCACAUCCUUCGAGCCAGCCUUGCUCUUUAUCGAUCAGUACAGCCGCACCAUGGAGAAGUCCAUCUACCUCAACAUGUUCUCUGGAAUCACAGCUUUUGCCGCACCAGGAAAGCCACCCAAGGUCCCAUUCAUCUCAAUCAACUUCUUCUAUGGAGGCAAUGCCACCGUGGGUCAACAGAAAUUCUUCCAGUUCUUUGAUGAGUUCAAGCUGGUCGUCCCCAACAUCACCACCAACGCCACCAAGGAUGCCAACCCUUUCUACAACAUCAUCGCUGCCAUCUCCGACCCACCUCCCAGCCGCACCUACGUCCGUGGUCGUAUGAUGAAUGGAUGGACCCAAGAGAAGGCCGCCGCCCUCAAGACUUUCUUGUUGCCACCCGCUCUUCCAUACUUCAACCUCUCCAACGAUCCAAAGGCCAACCUCAUGUUUGAGAUGUACUUCCACGGAGGAGCCAUGAAUGAAAAGCCAUCCGACUACAACGCCUUUGUGCAUCGUAAUGCCUCGUGGUCCAUGUCGAUCGCAUUGAACUAUUACAACGCAUCACACGAUGAGCUGUUUGGCACUUGGGACUCGUACGUCCGUGAUCAAUUGUUCAACUUCUCCGACUACAUCUACCAGAACUACCCAGAUGCAGACCAUCCCAACUGGGCCAACGCAUACUAUGGCACCAACUAUGCUAGACUGCAGUCCAUCAAGGCCAGAUACGAUCCACGCAACUUUUUCAACUACAAGCAAUCCGUUGUUCCCAAGAGAAGACCUCAUCGUAACGACUACAAUGAUUCCGAUAACGAAUCAGACAAUGACUACUCUGACUCUGAGUACAACAACCAGGGCUCAGACAACGACGAUGAUGAUCAACAAUAA